CACACACACACCCUCGCUCUCUCACCCUCGACUGCAAGCCAUCUGCAGUCCUGUGUUUCUAUUAUUUCCUUCUUGAAUACGCAUUCUGCCCACUGGCAUUGUACCACAGGGUUUCUGGCGAGAGACCGGCUUUGACUUCGACAUUUCGCGUGGCCUUGUUGCUUCCUCACUUCUGACAUUCCGCAUUCUCGACACGAACGGCGACGACGUUGCAUCUCCCUCUCCAUCCUGCCCGCCUGCUCCUCCUCCGCCGCCGCCGCCGCAUCAGCAUUCACUUCACGAGGCAGACUCGGUGAUAGCUGCCUCUCAUGAGUGCAUAGAGCCAUCUCGUUCCCACUGGGGAAAAGAAGACCCAUAUAAUUAUCACACACAGUUCUCCUCCGCCCCCAGGCACGCGUCGAGCCUUUGAUCAUUCGACUGCCGCCGAGCUCGGAAUACAUCACUCACCAGCUGCUGUCACGGCUGAACCGAUGGCUGAGGUACUCUCGCCGCUAUCUUCACCUACCAGCACCAUUACGAUGCUGCAUUCCCGCCCUUCAUCCUCCGACGCGUUCAACGGCUCGUCCCAGCAAUAUUCCACUUCUCCCCGACAAGGGCAACAGACCCGCAGCAUGUACAAUGGACAGAAUAAUUCGUACCGGAGCACCGCCACUGCUCCUGUGCAGCCGUAUGCUUUCCAAAGCACACCCACCCUGCGGCCGGACAACCGCAGUGUGUCUCAAUCCACGGCAUCCCACGGCAUCAUCGGCCAGAAGCAAGCGCAUACACAUACUCAAUCGGUGUCCAACUCCUCGACGACAUCGUCCGACGCCUCUUCACAGCCAUCGGCGAAGGAUGAUUCCGUGAUUGGGUCGAAGAACUCGUCGUUGAUCAACUUGUCUUCCGCUGUUCCCGACCUUUCGCUCACCAAUUUCGACCAGCCUGCGAAGCCCUCCCCUGGCCGAUAUCGUCGGGCAGCCGCUCCGCGUACCGAGUCCGGUAACACUACACCAAAGGCUGCUCCACAAGCUGCGGCAGCCUCUAUGCCUCUUGCCAAUGUCGUGAGCCAGUCUACGCAGGAGCGACCGGCUUCACAACUCACACAGCGAAGAGAGAGCCAGGAUGACAUGGCGGUCAAGUCAGGCAGCGCAGAGCUAGCCAAGAGAUACAGGAGGCGCAGCAUGAACAACACCAUUGACACCAAUGUGCUGCAGACGGGCGCUGGCGCUCCACUCCCAGAGUCAGCACAGGCUGCCUCCUCUUCUAAUUUGUUGACUAUUCGCCCGGUGUCCUCGCAUACCCGAUCGGGAAGUGAUGACAGCACAGCGUCACGCAGGAAGACUCCAGGCGGAACCCAAGAGUCCGCCAAAAUGGUGACCGGAUUACGGCCUGAAGGACAGAAGUCUCCCAGCAUCCCUCCUAGGACUUCCUCUGAGACUGGGAAACUUGCAAAGGGGCCCUCACCUCUUGCAAAGGAAGCUGAUUCCGAAGCCACCCCGAUCGGCUCGGCGCAGAAACCCAAGACGUAUGCUGCUGCUGCACAGGCUGGUGUUCAGGCUCACGCACAAGCCCAGUCCGCUGCUGCCCAGCAGCUUGCCGCGGUGUCAGACAGAGACCUCAACAAGGGAAUGAAGUCACGUCUGCGACGGGCCUUCUCUUUUGGAAGUGCACAAGAACUGCGUCGAAGCGCGGCUGAGAACAACGAAGCUGCCAAUGCAGCUGCACAUCAGGCUCAGCAGAAGAGGAUGCAGCAUCAGCAGCAUAUUGAUGAUGAGCUUGAUGCCGAACAACAGGAAAUCGCACGCAAGCAGGAAGCGGGUGGACUGGGCGCAAGCAUUUAUGCAAAUACGUCGGUGGCCUUGACUGGCUCAACUGACAACAUUUCCAUCUCAUCGACCGCAUCAUCGGCCUCGAUGAUGCUGCGCAAGAUGGGCAGAGGAGCUAAGAAGAGCGCUAGGAGCGUAAAGGGAUUAUUCCGGCCCAAGUCUGUCAUUGGCGUGCCGGCGGCUGAUGGACCAGUGUCGACCCAAGCGCAACCUAGCGUUGCACAGGUUUCCAUGGUCAGCGUCGAAGCCGAGCGACAUAAAGUGAAUGUAGACGCCCAUCCAGCGGAGAAACACGGCAUAACAGGCUUUCCGAAGUUAGAGCGCAACUCCAUCGACGCUGCCAACAAUAUUGGUCUGCCCACCAAUCGGGGCUCUGGGGAUCGAUCCGACUCUUUCUCGCGCCGCAGCAUCGUGGGCAGUGACCGAGACCGCGCGGAAGUUCUCGCAGCAGUGAAGAAAGGUAUUCUGAAGCGCUCAGGUACAGCUUCGCCAAGCGGAUCUCCAGUCAUCAAGCCAGCCGACGCGCAGAACGGAUCUGAGAGUCCCGCAUCCAGCAUGCCGAGCACGCCCAAGGACGGCGUGCGCAGCGACUCGAUGAAGAACGCAGUCAACGGGGAUUACUUUAGCCCACGACUGGCAUCUGUGGCGAAGAGCAUGCCGAAUACGCCUAACGGGUCACGAAAUAUUAGCUUCAGCCCACGAAUACAGUUCCACGACGUUUGGUCAAGCACGGAGUAUGACCGUAGGGGCGAGAUCGCAACCUGCAAUCGUCUAACGCCCAUGCUUGCACAGCAGAUCAAAGAAGAGCUCAACACCUUCAAAAUGGAAAUGGAGGUGCACGAGAUGUCCAAGCCACAUACACACUUCUUCUAAUGAACAACAACCACGACUGAAAAGUUGGCGACACGACACGCAUGAAUGGCACGGAGCGAUAAGAGCACAUCACACCUGAUAGCGAUGCCGCAUUUCUGAGUUGAGACACGGAGUAGUGAAUCAUCUAAUUUUUCUAUUGAGCGGUUGGGGGUCAUUUUCAAGCGGGCGUCUGGAGAAAGACUUGUGCAGAAACAUGGCGUUCUCUCCUUGGGUGUGGCCGGGAAUCGGUGAGCGAGAACAUUCACCACUUCACGCUUUUGUGCUUGGCGCCUUGCCAUCCUUGAACUCCUUUCUGGAUUAGCGAUUGCAUACUCUCUUGCAAAGUACGAAACUGGGUGCGCAAAUGCCACAGACCUCAGCGUCUGCGUGGCCGAGCGAAUUAGCACGAGCAGGCACAGCAUCAAAAGAAAGUGCCUUCCCACCACUCUCUAUUCCACCCAUGAUGGCUUGGCCGCAACACCAACGCGGCACUAGCCCCAAACUAUGGCAUAUACCAUAGGAGAGUCUAUUGGAUCGAGCGCUGCUAGACACGCGUAUUGCCCACCGGCGCCUGUUCUCUCCGCUAUAAUGGUACAUCAAUCACGCGAUUUCAGUGCUCAUAUGAUUGCGGGUCUUCGGACAAUUGGCGGCGACGGCGACGGCUUUGUGAAGGGUAGCGUCUUUCGAUGUGCGAGCUGAGUGGCGUUCAAGGUGUGCUCGCUCCUCUCCCAUGGCGGCAAAGUGUGCGUCUAGACUACAGGUACAGGUAGCCCAACGCAUAGCGUGGAUGAUGUUUGAAUAAACAGGAGGGAUAUGGAUGGACUACGAUUCUUCCUCUGCUAUGCUAUGCUCACCAAAUAAGGAGUACAACAGGACAAGGAAAGGAAGAAGAGACUAGAGAAGCAGGAGCAAGAGGAGACGAGGUAUAGAGAGUUGGUUGAAGAGACUGG